GUGGGCCUGCGGGACGGAGUUGGCGUGUUGCGGUUUCUGUCGAGACCGGCAGCACCAUGUCGAAGGUUUCCUUUAAGAUCACACUGACGUCGGACCCGCGGCUGCCGUACAAAGUACUCAGUGUUCCUGAAAGUACACCUUUCACAGCAGUCUUAAAGUUUGCAGCAGAAGAAUUUAAAGUUCCUGCAGCAACAAGUGCAAUUAUUACCAAUGAUGGGAUAGGAAUAAAUCCUGCACAGACUGCUGGAAAUGUUUUUCUAAAGCACGGUUCAGAACUGCGAAUAAUUCCUAGAGAUCGUAUUGGAAGUUGUUAAUAUCUGCUGCUUGGAACAUAUAAUUCCCUUUCAGAAUAAAUAUUGGUAUUGUUAUUGUU